CAAUGUUUUUUUUCUCAAACAAAAUUUUCUAUCCGAAACACUAUGCACAUUUGUUUAGCAGUUAUCUUUACUGAUAAAAUGUCUGUCGGAUAGCAAAGGGUGAGCCAAUAAUAUUUUCAGCCAUUUAAAAAACUCUUGCUUUGAGCGGAAUAUAUCUUCUAAGCCGUUUCCACAAAAACAUCGUUUUUGUUAUGAUGUUUCUGUAAAAUCGGCUUAUAGAAACGACUGUCUUGCGAAAUUCUUUCCUGAUGUUCACGUAUUGCAUAAGAGAUAACGUGGUUUACGUUCGUGGCUUGACAAUCUAAUUUAUGACAUUCUGAGAGUACUCCAAAUUUCAGGGGUCGCCUUUGAGGUGUUGGAAAUAUUGCUUUUUUAGCAGAGCUUGACACUCUCAAUUGAUUGAACUAGCAAAAUUGUUUGCUUCUUGCUAAUGUCGUCCAAGGAGUCGAAGUAUGCUAUGGCCCACGAGAUUUCGGCUAACGACGCUAUAAUCGAGGAGCCGCGUACUAAAGAAGAAAGCUCAGGGAAAAGCAUUAAGAAAUUGACAAGCAAGGUUACGUGCCCGAUCCCGAAAAAUAAGAUCAACUCAGCAUUAUCGUCAGCUCACCAAACAUCGAUCAGCGACUGGGUUCAGAAGCUAACGUCGAGUACACCGAGUCCUGAGACUCCGCUAACUCCCGAGUCACUGUUAACUGCUGGAGAUCAGCGAAGUCCGACAAUCUCCGAAUCUCGUGUGAGUCCUGAGACUUUAGCCGGUGCCGUCGUUGCAGCGAGCUUGGAGUCAGUGUCGCGACCUGCUCCUACAGUAAAAGCGAAGAGCCGACCACCGACUAAAACAAAAAGCGGAAUUCAAAAGCAGGGUGAGGCUAAACUUGGUGUUAUCCAGAAGCUGGCUCAAAGAGGAUGGUCAAACCCAGAAAGACUCUGGCUUUUCAAAGGGGUAGCAACUCCCAUCAAAAACGUGUUUCUUUCAAAAAAAAUUGCCGCAGCUAAACGAAUAUCAGUUUCGAAGGGAGUAAUGCGUUCCAAUAUUUCGGUUCUUUCACAAAAUAAGGGAUCAUAUGUCAAAGGUCUUUCGCAGGGAAAAAAAGCUGCAGGAGCGCAAUGGGUUAUAGCAGUCAAAGGCAAAGCGAGUGCUAAAAAUCAAACAGCAGGAACGGUUUUAGGGAAAAUGGCUCUCAAAGGGCAAACAUGUCCUCCCCAAGGGGUAGAAACUCCCAAAAAUAGGGAAAGUCCCUCGGGGCAAUUAAGUCCUGAAAGUACGGUUUGGCAUGAAAGGGCAUUGGACCAGUCGAGUGAUCGAGAUCAUUCAAGCGAUAAAGAACGAUCCAGUGACGUUUUUGGUACGAUGAAAGAUUUUACUACAGUAAGAGACUUUCGAAUAGCCAAAGACUGGGGUUCGGUAGCGAAGCAAUGGGACCCGACUAGCGAUCCGUCAAGCGACAAGGAUCAGUCCAGCGAUCGGGACGUCACGAGCAGCCGGGAUCAUUGGAUAGAAAAACGUAAUAGCGAUGACCUCGUAUCCAGUAGCAGCGGGGCUGGCCAGGAGCCGGAGACGUCCGGUCAUUCGGCACAACCCGACUGUUCGGGCGUCCAGUGGGCGACCGUCACGCGUCAGGCCUUAAAAGAGUCUCGACAAGCUCUGAUCGCGGCUCGCCCACCCAUGAAAGAAGCUUGUACUUCAGACGACUCGCAGGCCGGUGAGGAAAGUGAGGACGUCCCUUUGAAUUCGAACUCUCAAGUCGUUAACACAAAACCAAUAUCCAAACGUGGCUUUUGGCAUCAGGUUGCCAGUAUCGCCAAGGCAAAUCGAUCGAAAACGCCGAAAAAAUAGGGGGAUGCGUCACCUUUAAUCGUGUUAGUAUCGGAGUGAACCACAUUUUCAGCCGGUACUUUUACAGCACCAAGCUCUGGUGCAGUGGAACUUUUCCUGUUAAGGCUAUGGCCGGUCCAGUUGGUUUUAUCCCGUAUGACAAUCGGUAACGAUACUGAAGUUUUGCGAUUCAGUUUAGCCUCUUCCGCGACGACAGCUGUACUCGGUUUUCUGCUCAUAGGACCAGCAAUGAAGUAGAUACGAAGCAUUAAGAAACUAUUUAUGAUCAGAUAAAGGUAAAGAUGUGUCAAAACGCUAAGCUCUUGAUCAUCGUCAUGUACCAAUGAUACAAAGAGUUUAUGUACGAUCCUUCGCAGAG